AUGCCUUCCGCCGCCACCCUUGUUGUGGAUAACGGUUCCUAUACCAUUAAGGCUGGGUUCACUACUGAUAACACAUGCAUCACUAUUCCGAACUGCAUAGCACGAACAAGAGACAAGCGAGUGUUGAUUGGCCAGCAGCUCGAGAAUUGUCGGGAUUUUGGGUCUGCCGUUUUUCGAAGGCCUGUUGAAAAGGGUUAUCUAGUAAAUUGGGAGGCCGAAAAGGAGAUAUGGGAUAGAACUUUUCUUGAUUCGGAAUCGAAACUUAAGUGCGAUCCGAGAGAUACGACCCUACUAUUGACCGAGGCUCCGAAUGCUCCUUCAGCGUUACAGACGAACUGUGAUCAGAUGGUGUUCGAGGAGUAUGAGUUUUCCAACUAUUACCGCUGUGUAGGCCCAACAUUAAUUCCCUGGAACGAUACCAACACACUAUACUCUCACGGGGACCCGUCAUCCUUCUCACCGCCGGCAGAAGCUAUCAUGGUUGUUGACUCCGGUUUUUCGCACACCCAUAUUACACCAAUAAUAAGCGGUCAACUAUGGAACACGGCUGUCCGCAGAAUAGACGUUGGCGGAAAAUUCCUGACCAAUUACCUAAAAGAGAUGGUUUCAACGCGUACAUGGAACAUGAUGGAAGAAACAUAUCUCAUAAACCAAGUCAAGGAGUCCGUUUGCUAUAUCUCGACUAACUUCAACGAAGACCUGGAAAAAUGUCAUAGUAUGAAGAAGGCAGCAAACGAUAUUGUCGUGGAUUUCGUUCUGCCAGACUACAACUCUGGUAAAGCUGGCUACAGGCGGCCGCACGUCCCCAAGAAGCAACCAGUAUUCGGCAGCAAUGACGAACAAGUUAUGGAGCUGAGCGACGAAAGAUUCUCGGUCCCAGAGCUGCUUUUUGCCCCUCAGGAUAUAGGGUUAGCACAGGCCGGGAUUGCCGAGACCAUAAUACAGAGUCUCGAGGGUGUUCCGGAGAGGUAUCGAAGCUUAUUGCUCGCAAAUAUUGUCGUUGUAGGCGGCAACGCAAACAUCGCAGGGUUUUUGGAACGGUUGGAGAUGGAAUUACGACCACUCGCUCCUGCUGAGUCUGUGGUGAGGAUUGCCAAACCGGAUAACCCAGUUACCUAUACGUGGCAGGGUGGCGUGGCACUCGCAGGAGACCAGGCGGAGAUGAAGAAGAGACAGGUAACGAGGGCAGAGUACAUGGAGUAUGGGAGUGUUUGGUGCGCCAAGAAAAUGUCAGGAGAGGUCAGCAGUGUUCCCGGAACAGGGCCAACCGGAGCGGUGGAAAAGGAAAACAGGAGUCAUAAGAAGAAACGGGUGGAAGAUUGA